UUUGGGUUAAGAGUUUUUCUUGAAGAAAUUCCACCCAACCAACCAACAACAACCUAUCAUCCAUACUACCUAGGUAGCAUCCCCAACCUAAACUCGAGUUUAGGAAAUCACAAACUUUAUUGGAAUAUGAGCACGAAGGUGAAAGGUCUAUUCAGAGGGUUCAAAUACAUAUCCUCCAUAUUUGAAGAAGAAAAGGAUGCAGAAAUACAAAUAGGGUUUCCUACAGAUGUUAAGCAUGUUGCGCAUAUUGGUUGGGAUGGACCUUCUGCCCAAGAAAACCCAAGCUGGAUGAAGGAUUUCAAAGUGCAAUCAGCCCCACUAGGUUCAACUCCGGGUUCGGGUGACCCCAACACCAACACAGAGACUCCUGCCAUCAAAUGGGCUUCUGAAGAUAAAAAAAGCCGGAAAAGCAAAGGAGCAGGAACGGGAGGGGAAACGCCGGAAUUACCAAAGUCAUCCCGACGGCAGUCUUCGUCUUCCUCCGCCUCCGACAACCCUGAGUCCCCUAAAGCCGCCGCCUCCAAGCCGCGACAAAGGCGUCACCAUUCCAAAGACGGCUCCGGCUCCGACGUUACCAAAUCCCCUGAAGACGUCCCACACCUCCCCAAGAAGACGCGGCGGAAGAAGUCGAAGGAAUCCGACGCCAUCGGCGCUGCCCCUGGCAGAAAAGCAUCCAGAGCUGCCCCCUCCCACCCCACCGCCGCCGCUGCAACCUCCGCGCCUGACGGCGAAUCAGAUAACGGCGACCAAUGUGAAGAAGCUCCGGUGAAGGAGGAAUUCGCCGGCAAGUAGCCUGACGUUGCUCCAUUUCUAUCUUUUAUUCAGAUUUUGGUUGUUGGUAACUACGGUAAGGACGUACUAAUGUACCAUAUACAUACAUACGUAGUAGUUAGUCAUCGAAUCAAAUCAUACAAAAGUUUCAAUGAUACCCACUUAAUUGGUAUCAUUGUAAAAAUGUAAAAAAAAAAAGAAAAAGCCUUUCAUUUCCCAAACAUUUCCCCUUUUCACUUC